GUGCAUGCUUCACGCUGGACUUUUGCUCAAGGCUUGCUUGUUGGCCAGUUGACAGUCAUCCUGAUGAUCAUCUUUUUCCUCAAAUUUUUCAUCUUUGCUGAAACUGUACCGAGCAAGUCAGAUGCAGAGCAGCGAAUGAAUCAAAGCUCAAGCAAGCAGCGUCUCAAGAAGAAGAAGAGUCGUGUUCUGCGUGGACCACCUCCCUUGUCUGCCUCCCAAAUAUUGGCCAAGACUUACUACAAUACGGCAUCUCACCGUGCUGAAUCACUCGAUUGGUUCAAUGUCCUGAUAGCUCAGGCGUUUGCUCAGUUCCGAGAGGAUGCACAAAGUAAGGAUGCGAUCCUCGUAUCGCUUGAUGCCAUUGUCAACGGGCCUCGCAAGCCUGACUUCCUGGGAGAUAUCCGGAUAACAGAGAUCAAUAUGGGAGAGGAUUUCCCCAUCUUCAGCAAUUGUCGAAUCGGCUUGAUGGAUCCGGAUGAAGAGACGGAAGACGGCCAACCAGUUGAUUCACGGCUGCAUGCAACAAUGGACGUAGAUUUGAGCGAUACCAUCACCCUUGCUGUUGAGACUUCGCUCCUUCUCAACUUUCCGAGUCCAAACUUUGUGGUCUUGCCCGUUGCAUUGGGUGUCACCAUCUCUCGCUUUUCAGGCACGCUACAUAUUGCUCUGAUUCCUCCAGCAGACAACAAGACAUCCACGACGCUGACGUUUCAGCUCGAAGAGGAUUUUGGCCUGGAGUUACAAAUUCGCUCACUCAUUGGAUCACGCUCACGGCUACAAGAUAUUCCCAAGAUUGCACAACUGGUGGAAUCACGUUUGCGUCAGUGGCUCUGCGAUCGUGUGGUUGAGCCGCGCUACCAGCGUGUUGACGUGCCCAGUUUCUGGCCGAGCAAGGCACGAACGAAUGAU